AUGGCAAAAGUGCCAACAGUAUUGUUCAUGAUGGUCGUCUUUUUGGUGGAUCCAAUUCAUGGAGCACCACAAGUUCCUUGUUUUUUCAUUUUUGGUGAUUCAUUGGCCGAUAAUGGCAAUAAUAACAACCUCCUCACCAGAGCCAAAGUGAACUACCAGCCAUACGGGAUUGAUUUUCUCACUGGACCAACCGGAAGGUUUUGCAACGGCCGGACCACCGUUGACAUAUUAGCUCAACUUCUGGGUUUUGAGAAUCUCAUCCCACCAUUUGCAACUAGCAAUAAGGGUCCAUACAUUUUAAAAGGUCUGAAUUAUGCAUCCGGCGCAGCAGGAAUUCGAGUCGAAACUGGCUCCCAAUUGGGUGGUCAUAUCAGCUUAGAUCAGCAAUUACUUAAUCACCAAUAUUUAAACAAAUGCUUGUAUUCAGUUGGAAUGGGCAACAAUGAUUACAUUAACAAUUACUUCAAGCCUCAAUUUUAUCCCACCAGUCGCAUGUACACCCUUGAACAAUACACCACAGUUCUUAUUGAACAAUAUUCUCGCCAAAUGAUGACUUUGUACGACAAGUAUGGAGCAAGGAAGGUGGCCUUGGUUGGGCUGGGACUUAUAGGCUGCACCCCAAAUGCGAUUUCAACAUUUGGAACAAAUGGGUCUGCAUGUGUUGAUAAAUUGAACACUGCGGCCCAAAUGUUUAACCAAAAGCUUGUAUCUCUGGUCGAUCAGCUCAACGCCAAUCUGAGAGAUGCAAAAUUCAUCUAUGUCAACAGCUUUGGGAUGGGGUCAGGCGACCCUGCAGCUGCUGGAUUUAAGGUUGUGAAUGUUGGGUGCUGCCCAGUGAACAAUAUUGGUCAAUGUGCUGCUGGAAAACUCCAUGCCAAAAUAGGAGUGAGUAUGUGUUUUGGGAUGGAUUUCAUCCUACUGAGGCCUUGA